UUGCGCAGCGACCUCCGCACAGGUGGUCGCGCCGGUCCCCGCCACGAUGUUGACCAAAGUUCUCCUGAUCCUACUGGGCACGUUCAUAAUCCUUCCGUCGAGGAUUGAAGGACCUCAUGUUGAAUCAGAGAAGGGACCCUCUGCCAGUGAUGAUGAUGUCUACGGCCCCAAACCCCAGGCUCCUGAUAAGGAACUCCCCCCUGAAGAAAUAAAGCCCACUGCUAUUGAUACCCAUGACAGACUUGGCAAAAUGCCAACAGCCACUGAAAUCCUGGAUGGUAUCUUGAAUAACUAUGACUACAAACUGCGCCCUGGCAUUGGCGAGAGGCCCACUGUGGUCACUGUUGAGCUCUCUGUCAACACCCUUGGGCCUAUCUCUAUCCUGGACAUGGAAUACACCAUUGACAUCACCUUCUACCAGACUUGGUAUGAUGAACGCCUUCGUUUCAAUGGCAGCUUUGAAAGCUUUGUUCUGAAUGGCAACUUGGUGAGCCUGUUAUGGAUCCCAGACACCUUUUUUAGGAAUUCUAAGAGGACCCAAGAGCAUUCGAUCACCAUGCCCAACCAGAUGGUCCGCAUCCACAAGGAUGGCAAGGUGUUGUACACAAUCAGGAUGACCAUUGAUGCUGGAUGCUCACUCCACAUGCUCAAAUUUCCAAUGGAUUCUCACUCUUGCCCUCUGUCUUUCUCUAGCUUUUCCUAUCCUGAGAAUGAGAUCAUCUACAAGUGGGAAAAUUUCAAGCUUGUAAUCAAUGAGAGUAAUUCCUGGAAGCUCUUCCAGUUUGAUUUUAUAGGAGUGAGCAACACGACUGAAACUAUCACAACCGUAGCUGGCGAUUACGUAGUCAUGACGCUUUUCUUCAACGUGAGCAGGAGGUUUGGCUUUGUGGCCUUUCAAAACUAUGUUCCUUCUUCUGUGACCACGAUGAUCUCCUGGAUUUCCUUUUGGAUCAAGAAAGACUGUGCUCCGGCCAGGACUUCUUUAGGGAUCACUUCUGUACUCACCAUGACCACUUUGGGCACCUUUUCCCGGAAGAAUUUCCCACGUGUCUCCUAUAUCACAGCCUUGGAUUUCUAUAUUGCGAUCUGCUUCAUCUUCUGCUUCUGUGCUCUGAUGGAGUUUGCUGUGCUCAACUUCCUGACCUACAACCGGACAGCAUCCCGUGGUUCUCCGAAACUUCGUCAUCCUCGUGCCCAUGCACGUGACCCAACCCCUUCCCGUGUCCGUGUCAUCGAGCAUCCGGAAGCUUUUGUGUGCGACAUUGAGGACCCCGAGGAGGAGGAGGAAAGUGAGGAAGAGGAGAGUGAGGAAGAGGAGGGCCCAUCUUGCCCAGCCCGGCAGUCCGUCAGGCCAGGCAGCACCCCUCGCCCUGGUGGCUGUUGCAAGUGGUGCGAGAAGUACUGCUGCACGGUCCCCACUUGUGAGGGCAGCACCUGGCAGCAGGGCCGCCUCUUCAUCCAUGUCUACCGCCUUGAUAACUACUCGCGAGUGAUUUUCCCAGUCACCUUCUUUUUCUUCAAUGUGCUCUACUGGCUUGUUUGCCUUAACCUGUAGGCACCAGCUGGUACCCUGUGGGGCAGCCUCCCCAGUUCCCCAGGAGGUCCCACAGCCUUUGCCUAGGGAGUUGGGGGAAAAUAGCAGCAGCAGCAGCAGGAGCAAACUAGAGAGUGUCUUUCCUUCCCCCUUGCCCAAAUAGAAGCCUGCAGGGAAUUGGUCCUUGCUGGCCCUCUCCCCUACCUGGCCCAUUCACUGAAUCUCCUUAGCAGCCCAUUUCAAGUAAAAUGACACCCCUCUCUGUUCCUCAAGGGGCAUUUAUGAUGCUCAGGCUUCAAAAUGUAGGCUCUCAGUGACCAGCUCCCUAAGAUGGUGUCCAUGUAUGAGUGGAUUAGCUAUCUCCCAAAAGGGCUAACACCCACUGCCUUUUCCCAGAAAACCAGUACUGCCUUUGUGGUGCUCCAGGCCCAGCUCUGGCCUCAGCCUCAAAGUGCACAGACCAGCUACUUGCCUGUUCCUGACACCUCCUUAAGAUGCUGGGCAGCAGUGUUAACAGCAGGAGGGAAUCCCCAUCCUUAAGUCAGAUUAUUAUUUUCUUGAUUCUGUCUCCCUGCCCUCCCUUCCCCUGCAGAUAGACGGACACUGACAUUAUCCCUUUAGGAGGAGGGGAGUCAGCAAUUGAGGACAGUAUCCCUCCCUCUGCUGCUGUGACAUCUCCAUCUCCCUUCCCCGCUGGCCUUCAUUCCUCAUCUGCAGUACCAAUUCAAUACCUUGCAUCCAGUGGGUAUCUAUUUUCGUGUGUGAUGAUACUAUGACCCCCUGCUUUUUAUGCCACCUUCUUCCUCCUACUUGACCCUUGUGACUCUUUCUGUAACUUUCCCAGUGACUUUCCCAGCCCCGACCCAGGUGCUAGGCCAUGGUGACUUCCCGGAGCCAAGAAACUAAGGGAACUCUGCUUUGCAGUGGGCAUUACCCACAUUGAUUGGUGCCCAGCUAAGGCACAGCAUAGGAGUUCUGCCACUUCCUUGGCCCCUGGACCCAUGAACCAGUCCACUCCUAUCCCUGGGGCACUCUGACAAUCACAAUCAAUCAAUUGAAUUCCCUUAAAUUUGUAUAGCACUUUACCUUUUGCAAAAGCACUUUUGACAAAUUAUUUCUAUUUUGAGUCUCAUAGCCCUGUGAUAUAUUCAGGGCAGGAUUCUUAUCCCCAUUUUGCAGAUGAGAACCCUGACGCACAGAUUUCUAUGGGACUGUGGAUCUCACUGGAAACUACCCAGGAGCCCACUGUCACCUUCUAUACCACAUGACAGGGCUAGGCAGCUCUUUUCACCAUGAUUUGAUUCUAUAGCCUCUGCUGGCACCCCAGUGGCAGGGCCCAGAGUGGCAGCCUCUUUUCAGCAUUGGCCUGCUCAAUUCCUGGGCCUCAGGUGCUCAGACUGCCCCCUAAGAUCUAACCUCUCCUGGCUCUGGUAACCCAGUGAGGUGAAUUUGGACACGCCCCAAUGCUUGUAUAUGCUGAAUGAAAUCUGUGUCUGUAUUUUAUUGGGGGGUGGGUAGGAUGGGGAUCCAUCUGCUUUUUGUCACCAUCAAGUGAGAAG